GCUGCAACCGAGACGGAGCCGCAGCCUAGUCCGGCCCAUCCGCACUGCGUGCCGCGCCGCGCCGCCCUCCACCCAUCCUUGUGCUGGGAAACCAAUAGACGCCGGGAAUGUUAGCGGCUGGGAGGUGGCCGUGUUGCUACAGCAGCGGCCGGCAGCCGGAGUCUGGCGGGGCGCGCCAUGGAAGAGCCGGAGGAUCAUGGAAGUGUGCGACAGCCUGAAGACUUAUUACCAUGCAGGAUUUGUGGAAGGACUUUUUUUCCAACUGCAUUAAAAAAACAUGUUCCCAUUUGCCAAAAAACUGCUACUAAAAGAAGAAAAACAUUUGACUCCAGCAGGCAGAGAGCAGAGGGAACUGAUAUUUCCAUAGUAAAACCUCUGAAGCCACGGCCAGAACCUCCAAAGAAACUAUCAAACUGGAGACGAAAACACGAGGAGCUCAUAGCAGCUAUAAGAGCAGCCAAAGGAGUAGAUCAGGUUCUUAAAGAAGGUGGAAAAUUACCACCACCACCACCUCCUACUUAUGAUCCUGAUUAUAUUCAGUGCCCAUACUGCCAGAGACGAUUUAAUGAAAAUGCAGCUGAUCGACACAUCAAUUUCUGCAAAGAACAGGCAGCACGUAUUGCUAAUAAAGGGAAAGUGGUUACUGAAGUUAAAGGAAAGCUUCCUGCUCGAACACAGUACAAGACACCAACAGUAAAGAAGAUACCUUCUGCAGGGAUAACACCGCCAGCCUUAUCACGUUUACCACAACCAAGUUCAUCUGCAAAUAAAACACUGUCUCCAAGUGGGCAGGUGGGAAACAAAAUCCAGAGUUCUUCUCCAGCUCAUAAAAACUUAAUGAAAGCGAGUCCACAAAUAGGAAGACCACGGAUGGGAGCACCUACUAAUAUGACACGAAGCACCGGUCCGGGUAUGAUGGCAAACAAAAGAAAAGCAUUUGGUACUGAAACCUAUUCAAACAGAGCUGGAUACGACAGUGGAGACUAUUCAUCUUCUGUCAAUGGAGGAAGUUCAAAAAGCAGUGAGGGAAAUUCUCCUGCACAGUUACCAAAAUUCUGUUAUGAAUGUGGUACCAAAUAUCCAAUUGAAUCUGCAAAAUUCUGCUGUGAAUGUGGAGUUCGAAGAAUGAUUUUGUGAAUACACCCAUAAUGCAGAAUGAAAGAUAGCUUUCUUGCUAAGGCUGUAUAAAAAUCUGUGCUGUACUUUCCCAUCCGGACUUGCGCUAAGACACCAUAUUAAUUUUCUUGGGGGCAAUUAUUUUUGGUUGUGAAGUAAUAUAUAUAGAUAUAUAAAUACAUUGUAUAUAAAUAGUAAGAUACCUAAAACUGUGCCAUUCAAGAUGGUGUUCUUGAGAUAUUGUUGGAGAAUAUUUAAUGGAGCAAAACUUUAACUCAAGUACUAAGGAUUUUCAUAAUAUAUAUUUUAAUUGUCUUACUGUUCAUUUGUAGUAUUAGCCCUGAAUCAUUUGGUCUAAAAAACGUAUUCCCGUAGAUAAUCUGUUACACAUGAAAUAACUGGUUGAUGUUCUUAUAAGUUAGGGGAUAACUUGUUGGGUGACACUGUCAUAAAUGUUGUAAUAAGUUUAAUGCAAAUUGAAAUGAUUAAUUUCUUCAAGUAUAUUACUAUAGUUAACUAAUUGGCAUUUUUCUCUUUCUCCUUCCAAAAGUUUUUAAAAUGAUUUUGUGCACAGAUGUUUCUAUUAUGUGGAAGACUUCUUAUAUGUUGCAUACAAAAAGAUUGAGUUGCUAAUAAAUUAAUUAAAUUAUCAAAUAUAAUUUAAUCAUGUUCUUAGGAUCCCAACUUCUUUUCCUCAAAAAAUAAGGUUGUGAUCAGAGUUUCCCCCUUGACUGACUAUAAUGUACCAACAAAAAAAAAUCAUUGAAUAUUUUAUAAUAAUUAUGGCACAAAUGAGUUUCAGAAAGAUGAUACCCCAAUCAUGAUUUUUCCUCUUCUUACUAUUUUGAUUUGAGGGUGUCUUUACCAUUAUCAUUUCUUAUACAGUCCUCUGAAACUAAAGCAAAAAGAAUUAGAUUAGCUUAAACUCAGACUACAUUAGUAUUAAGUUGAUUUUUUUAGUAACGGCCCUUUUUUACACCAACUAUUUUUUUCCACGAGAUGAAUCCUGUAACAUUUAGAUGUGCCUUUCCCAAAAUUAAUCUGGUCUUUUUGUUUAGUACUGCUAUUUCUAAGUCUCUUAACAUUUUAAAUUUAGUAACAAUUUAAGUGAAACAGCAGGGCAGUUUUCCAUUUUUGACCUGACCAUGUAGGAUUGUUGCUUUAUUUUUAAAUGCUAUCUUCAUUCUAUUCAUAACCUGCCUAGUAUGACAGAAGGCAAUUAAAAAUGUAUUUGAGCAAGAUCUGUCUCCAUUUUCCAGUAUAUUGGCUAAUGGCAAAUUAUAGUUUUGGGAUUAUAAGAAUUAACAGGUUAAUUGGUAUAGAAUUGUAUUUGUAGAUUUUAGAUUUUUCUUUAAAAAGCAUUCAUAAGUGUUGUACUCCAAUUUUGUAUUGUUUCCUAUGUGUAUUAGUGAAAAUCUUUAGUAUCUUACUGUAGAUUGACAUUUUUGUUUUUGUUUUGUUUUUUUAAGAUACACUGGUAUGGUGGGGCUUACAUUAAAAAAAUUCUGAAUGCACUGCAGCUCUGCCUUGGUCUAUUGAGACUAUGGGGAUUCUGCUCUGCUUUGCUUAUUAACUAUUAGUGUAAUAAUAUGCAUCUUCAUUCACCAAAGAACCCACAUAUUUGUUAUAUAAAAGUUUUCACAUGUUCCAGCAGGUGCUUUAUUACAUCUUAUUAUUGCAUCUGUUUGAUGUUUAAUAUAAUGAAUUUGGUUUUCAUAACAAAGCAAUAGUUUGAUUUCUACUAAAUAGUUAUGUGACCCUUAUUCUGAUUACUUUUGUUUUCCUAAAUGUUCUUUAAUAGCAAAAGCUUCUGUAAAUGCUUGUUCUACAGUAUGUUACCUAGACUUUUGUUAAUAAAGCUGUUAUUGCAUACAUAAUCGUUAUAUCUUAAAGAAU